AUGGAGUACGGGUAUCUGAGCGGUGCUGGCAGUGGAUUCGAGGGUGGAUGUCUCGGUUCAAGUGGCGGUGAGCUGUCUUGGGGCGAGCUGGCGUCCUGCGGGCAGAUGUCCCAGGCUGCUUACCGAUACCAGGGUAUGCGCUACCAGCCGCCGCCGCCACAAUGUGCUCGACCACAAGACGCGGCUAUGAGAAAUCAUCACAUCUUCCCACCAGCUAUGAAUUUACAACCUGGUUUACCGUACAAAGUAUAUGGCGGCCACGAGGGAUCCUUAACUGAGAAAAGGAAACAGCGUCGAAUCAGAACAACGUUUACUUCAGCGCAGUUAAAAGAACUAGAGAGAGCAUUCCAAGAAACACACUAUCCAGACAUCUACACAAGAGAGGAGAUUGCGAUGAAAAUAGACUUAACAGAAGCCAGAGUACAGGUAUGGUUCCAAAACCGGCGCGCAAAAUUCCGCAAGCAAGAGCGGCUGGCGCAGCAGAAAGCUGGGGAGACGCCAGUGAAGGCGGAGGGGAAGAGAGACAAGCCGGGAUCACCAGCUUCGUCUCCGCAUCCCGCACCGCCCUCGCAAACAACCCACCACUCGUUACCGCACCUUUCACCGCCCGAUCUGAAACCUAUUACUUCUGCAGCAAACAAGUUAUGUGAGGAAUUGAACGGUGUAGGCGGUGGCGCCGAGCCGCCGGUGAGUGGCGUGGGCGGCAGUAAGUGGGCUGGAGGCUGUGGCCUCCUCCGACAGCCUUCAGGCUUCCCGCUGCUCGGUGUCGCACCACCCAAUUAUCUACUCUCGGACCACCUCGGGACAUUGGCCAAAUCUAACAACCAUCUUUUCUAAUCCGCGUUUUUCUUUUAAAUGAAUUCAUGAUAAGGCUACGAACAAUACAGUUCAUGAACGAAGAAAUUCCUUCAAAA